AUGGCUGUGUUCUUUCACUCUAGUGAGGCUCACAUCAACUUUGAAGAUGGUAAGUAUCAGCAAUUCCCCGAACCUGAAACUGAGAAUGCUGCUACAGAGAAGAAUCCCGAACCAAAGCUAAAACAUCUCAGUGUGGUUCUGCUGUGCUGUGGUCUGCUGUGUGUUCUUCAGGUGAUUCUCAACAUCUCUCUGAGACUGGCUCUGAGUGAGCCCACUGAUAAAGGUGAGGCAGAGGCAGAGGAAGAGAGGUGUCCACAGGGCUGGCUGAUGUUCGGCUCCAGUUGUUACUACAUUUCCUCACAGAGGAGGAGCUGGGACGGCAGCCGGCUGGACUGUGUGCAGAGAGACUCUGACUUGGUCAUAAUCAACAGCAGACAGGAACAGGCCUUCCUCACUGGAUUCACCAUGGCAGCGUGGGUUGGUAUGACUGACAGGGAGGAGGAAGGGACUUGGAUCUGGGUGGAUGGAACACCAGUGAAAAGAGACAGGUUGGACUGGGCCCGUGGGCAGCCUGAUGACUCGCUUGGAGGAGAAGACUGUGGUGACCUUCGCACAAUGAUUGAUUUCAUUGGUUUAAACAACUCCAAAUGUAGUGCCAGACUCCAGUGGAUCUGUGAGCAAACGUUAGGGUAGCUUGAACGGAAGUGUGUACUCCUGCCGUCACCUUCCUCUGCUGUAACUAGUCCUGUUUGUGUUUGUUCUUGAUAAACAAUAAAACCGAAUGUCAGAACCACAGAGGGACCAGCAGGAAGGCUUUGUUGAGCAGCAAUAAUACAUAUAAUAUUAAUCACACAGGAGAAGUUUUAGUUUGUUUUAACCUGCAACCUCCUCACUACUAACUAUACUAUGCCAUUAAAUCUUACACACUGGCCCUUUAAGGGAAGAUAGAAUAGGAUUUGAUCUCUGGCCAGUUUGCUGUGACUGAGUUGUGAUAGAUCUGCUGUGUAUAAGGUGAAAAGUCUGUAGCUGUUUAUGUGUUCGUGUAUUUGUAAUCACUUUACAACACAAUAAGAAAAUAAUAAUAAUAGUUAUAUGGCAUAUGUCAUCAAACGUUUAGGCUUAAGCUGCAUACGUCUUAAAAUAAACUACUGAAAUAGAAUGAUAAUACCAACAGUUGUAUAUAAUAUCACAAUUGCAAAUAAUUCUAUCACACCACUCGUAAGCUAUU